UGGCUGCUUAGUGUGUCUUUAUUUCAACGGAAUAUAAUUUAAUUUUGAUUCAAAUAUAAGCAUAAAUGUGUUCAGUAGAAUGUUUAAUUUAGGUCUUUUUAUAAAAACAAUAAAAAUACAGUACAGUGAAACUUUUUGCCAAAUCAAUAACUUGUUCGUUUAAGUUGGAGGGGGCUUGCGAUUGUCCCUUUCUUUCCUCUAUCUUUCUCUCGGUCCAUUUCGUGCCGUGCGUUCUCCUUAUGUGUUGUGUCGUGUCUGAUAUUUUUCUAGAUUACUUCUUAAGAAAACCAUGUUAUUUUUAAUGAAGUAAAUUUAAAGAAGUAUUGGUGAUGUUGACCUUAGGUUUAUUAUUAUUUCGCAAAAAACCAUCCACUUUUACCACCACGGUUCGCCAAAAAUUUAGAAAGCUUCAACCACGUUUCGGAUUUGGAUUGAUGAAACUAUGAACCUGGACUCUUUAACGUUUAGCUUAUCACGAAUCCAUUAUCUCGUUAUAAAUUUAAGUAAGAAGAACUUCAAGCAAACAAGUCAAGAGUUGUCACAGAUUGUCAGUCACUAUGGCUUGGAAGCAGAAAAUCAGUUGCUGAGGUCUUUGCUCACAGAGGCAGCAAAGGCUUCUUGGGAUACUGAUCGCACAGGCCCUGCAGUCAACAGCAUUCAUGCGUCUCUUCUGGCUCAGUAUUUGGGUUCGUUGUUGAGCCAUCCCGCUAAGUCAACUGUCGUCUGUCGAGCUGUGGACAACCCCAAUCGUUCUGUGCAGAAGAUUUUAAAACCUUCUAACACUUUACUCAAUCGUCUUUCAAGAUUGUUGAAGUUAACAACUGCUGAAGAUGUCACCUUGUCGUUGGUGUUGAGGCGGUAUUCAUCCAAAACUGAGAUCACAGCGCUAGCAAAACAACAUCUGAAGAAAAGAUUUUUGGAUCUUGUACAGUGUUAUUUAGAUGCUGAGCAUGGUCAUCAGGCUGAGCGUGCAGGCCUUCAGGAAUGCAGCCCUGAAGUUUUGCAAACUCUCCUUAUAAAUCUCGCGUACGAGAACUUUCGCCUCGCUCCGGUAACAAAAGAGUUAUUUGUGAAACGUUUACGUGUUGACUUCCCUCGAGAAGUAGUGCCAAUAGUGUUAGCACCUCUGCUUUAUCCUGACGAUACACAAACCCCAUUGGAGGAAAUGAGUACUGCCGACGACAUGGCGGUCGCAAUGAUGGAUAAUUCACUUGCGGAAAUCAUCCGCGACAUUGGAUACAACUUUACAUCAUCAUUCGAAGAAUGCAAGAACAACAUGUUGAAUUUUGGAGCGCGAGAGCCUACCGCAAUAGAUGUUGCGCGUAUAAUUUCGAUGAUGGUGCGCUUCCAUACCACGGUGCCCGACGGGCCCCAACUUCAAACUCCGGGAAACUUCUGGAUGAAUCACGAAACAAAGAAAGAAGGAAUCACACAAGGACAUGGAGAAUCCUGGAAUGCAGAGAUAUUUGUACAGACACUCAAGGAGCUGGCAUCUAACUUGAAUUGGAAAGAAGUCAUAUUGCAACUGGAUCAUCCAGAAUUUAUUGUCCCAGAUAGACAAGGAUUGAGCCUAUUGUUUUCCAUCUUGCGUUUAGGUUUACAGAGUGCGGGCUAUCCAUCCAACAUAUUCCCUGUAGAAUAUCUAUGCCGCAGGUGGACCAACCUGGAAGGACAAAUGAGUUUGAUUACUAAUAUUUUGAAACAUCCAGAUAUAUUUAGCCUUGCUGAUUAUCCAUUCCAUCCGGUGUCCAUUGACAUACUCAAGUCUUUGCCAGAAAGUGAUAACAAAGAAAUAGCCACUUGGCGAUGUCUGUACCUAGUUGAAUUGCUAUUGUAUGCAUCUGAGCGAGGUUACUAUAUGCAAGUCCAUGAGCUGUUCAAGUUUCCUUUACAGCAUUGCCCAGACGUUUUGAUGCUAGCCUUGUUGCAAAUAAAUGCACCAAUCACUGUAUUUCAACAGGAAUUGCUGUCUACUUUGAUACCAAUAUUUUUGGGCAACCAUCCCAAUUCUGGAAUUAUUUUGCAACAUGCAUGGCAUUCACAGAAUCCGAACAUCAAACCAAUUAUCAUGCAUGCAAUGGCGGAAUGGUAUAUACGCGGAGACAGUGAUCAAUCCAAGUUAUCAAGAAUCUUGGAUGUGGCACAAGACUUAAAAGCUCUAUCGCUGCUACUGAAUGUCCAGUCUUUUCCCUUUGUUAUUGAUUUAGCUUGCCUAGCAUCAAGAAGGGAGUACCUGAAAUUGGAUAAAUGGUUAACUGAUAAAAUACGAGACCACGGUGAAACUUUUGUCUCUGCUAUGGUAAAAUUUUUGCAGAGAAGAUGUCCACCUGUGAUGGGGAAACCACCAGAAGAGCAGUUGCCCAAAGCCGCGCAGUUGCCACCGGAGACUAUUGGCACCAUGCUGACAUGUCUACAGCUCUGCGCUCCUAAUGUCGUCCAGGAAUUACAGGAAGCGAUCUAUAAUGUGGUAGCGACCUGCCAGACUUUAAUAAUUAAUAAAACAAGACAAACAAUGGCGGGAAUUGCUCGCCCUCAUACUAGAGUAAUUGAAACACCGUUUAACCCUGCAGCUUUGGGAGGGCAACUUUUCACUCCGCAUGUCGAUUCGAUAGCUAAUCUUACUCCGAAUGUCGCUAAUAUGACCUUAGGCGCACCAGCAAAUUCCGCAUUCGCAAUGCCUGGUACUUUAGGACCUUUGGUGCCACCCCCUGGGUCUCCUUCCCGAUUGCUAGGACCGGGUCCAAAUAGCCCUUACCCCAUGAUGGCAAUUCCGCAUAAUCCUAACAUUCCCAAUAUGGGCGCUUUACGAAUGGCGCAAAUGCCUCCGAUGGAUAAAUUUCGUUUACCAGAUCAAAUUCAUUUUCCUGAAAUUAUGCACAAUGUUUCAAAAGAAAUUGAGGAUGAAGCAAAUGGCUAUUUCCAAAGGAUAUACAACCACCCCCCACACCCUACUCUUUCUAUAGAUGAGGUGCUAGAAAUGCUUAAGAAAUUCCAAGAUUCGCCAAAUAAAAGAGAGCGAGAAGUAUUUUCAUGUAUGCUUAGGAACUUAUUUGAGGAAUACAAAUUCUUCCCUCAAUAUCCCGACAAAGAACUUCAUAUUACCGCACAAUUAUUUGGCGGUAUCAUUGAAAAGGGUCUUGUUCCGACUUACGUGUCCUUGGGUUUAGCCUUGCGAUUUGUUUUGGAUGCGCUUCGGAAGCCGGAGGGCUCUAAAAUGUAUUACUUUGGUAUAGCAGCGUUGGAUAGAUUCAAAUCACGUUUAAAGGACUAUCACAAAUAUUGUGAGCAUGUCCGUGCUAUACCACAUUUUAGCGAAUUCCCUCCGCAUCUGAUUGAGUAUAUCGAAUAUGGACUGCAGAGUCAAGAGCCGCCCACAAAGCCUCAGGGUGCCGUGUUGCCCGCCAGUCUGGCCGCUAUGUUGAGUCAAAAUACUGUUGUCACGGUUUCCGCGCCAUACAGGACCGUGGUAGGUGCCCCGAACCCCAUGAGCGUGAUAUCCAAAGUGGCGAACUGCGUGGCCGGCGGCAUCGGCAGUCGGCCGUCCAUCGCCAUCGCUACCAACAUCGACACGCUGCUCACGGCCACCGAUAGGGAAGAGAAGAUUAACGCGCCCCCAGAAGCUAUACAAGAUAAAACCGCCUUCAUUUUCAAUAACUUGAGCCAACUCAACCUUCAAACUAAAUGCGAAGAGCUAAAAGAAAUCAUAACCGAAGAAUACUACCCUUGGCUUUCACAAUACCUUGUUAUGAAACGCGCAUCCAUUGAAUUCAAUUUCCAUGCCUUGUAUUCUAAUUUCCUAGACGUCCUAAAGGCGCGAGAAGUUAAUAGGCUUGUCAUAAUUGAGACUUAUCGAAAUAUUAAAGUGUUGUUGCGUUCCGAUAAAAGCAUAGCCAACUUCAGUGACCGAUCUUUGCUUAAAAAUCUCGGCCAUUGGUUGGGCAUGCUCACGCUGGCUCGCAAUCAACCAAUUCUUCUCGUUGAUAUUGACCUAAAAGCACUUUUACUUGAAGCUUAUCAUAAAGGCCAACAAGAACUAUUAUACGUCGUACCCUUCGUAGCCAAAGUUCUAGAGUCGUGCGCGAGGAGUGUAGCAUUCAAACCGCCGAACCCUUGGACCAUGGGAUUAAUGAACGUAUUAGCCGAACUUCACCAAGAACCUGAUUUGAAGUUGAACUUAAAGUUUGAAAUAGAAGUGCUUUGUAAAAACUUAAGCUUAGAUAUAUCAGAAUUAAAACCAACUCUGUACCUAAAAGAUCCUGAGAAGCAUAGGCUUAUUGAAUUCCAACUUUCCCAGCCGAAAAUGAAUAAGGAACCACCUGUAAAUGUUAUUCCUAUGAAUCAAGCCAUUAUACAGGCCCCGCAGAUGCAAAUGAUGCCACCUCAGCCACCAAUGAUUCCUGUCGAAGAAAUGACCUUAAGUGUACCACCACCUCCUAUUGGCAUCGAUCCCACUUUAAUGGGAGUCCUUGGCAUACCAGAGCCCCGUUUCAAUUACUUGGACGUAAAUGUCACUUCAACCUCAGCAUUUGGACAAAAAAUUUGUUUCAAUCAUCACAUUCUGUUAUUCCAAAACUAUCCCCAUUUAAAACAGUUUGUCAAACCUGCUAUCGAAAGGUCUAUUCAAGAAUGGAUUCACCCAGUCGUUGAUAGGUCUAUUAAAUACGCCCUGACUACCUGUGAGCAGAUUAUCCGUAAAGAUUUCGCCCUAGAUCCGGACGAGGGGCGCAUGCGUACUUGCGCCCAUCACAUGAUGCGCAACCUGACUGCAGGCAUGGCUAUGAUCACAUGCCGGGAGCAGAUCAUCAGCACCAUCAGCACCAACCUGAAAGCAGCCUUCCUCACAGCACUCAUGCCCGCUAAUCCACAACAGCUUGUGUUCCAGAAGGAUAUAGUUGAAAGUGCAGCAGCUGUUAUAGCGACAGAGAACAUGGAAUUAGCUUGUGCCUUUAUUCAGAAAACUGCCGUUGAAAAGGCAUUACCCGAACUUGAUAAACGUCUAAUGAACGACUAUGAAGUUAGAAAACAAGCUAGACUCGAAAACCGACGUUAUUACGACCCGAUAGUUUUGACAUACCAAACCGAAAAUCUUCCCGAAAGAGUGAGACUGCGAAUGGGAGGACCUAUGGACAUGCAGAUUGCUGUAUAUGAAGAAUUCGCUUGCAAUAUUCCUGGCUUCAUGCCCCUGAGAGACGCUGGCAUGUUCAUUCCAAAGCCAUCCCAAGAGCAAAUUCCACAGCUCACUUUUAGUCAAGUUAUGAACCCAGCUCAAGUGUAUGGCACAGAUGAGAUGGGAGCUUUAAUAACAGCAGCCGAGAUGUUCCUGUCCAAUGCAAUGAAUACACAGAGUUUUCCUGUUCAAGCUACAAAUAUGCACACUCUUCUUGAGUGUCUCGUAAUUGCAAGAAGAAACCGUGAUAUUGUAUCCGGUUGUAACUUACUACAGAGGGCUGUAGAAGGCCUACUCGAUGGCCACAUCAUUCAAUCCGGAGUGAAUGCAGAACAUGUUGAUUUGAUGACAAGAUAUAGAGAUAUUCACCUGCGAGUGCUGAAGCUCUUGGAAGACGCUAGGGUGUACGGACAUGUGUGGACCACGAAGCAGAUCACCUGCUGUCUAACAGAAUGCAGAGAUGAGCUGAGAUACAACAUUGAAGCGGUUGAUUGCCUCAUCCGUAACCAUCUCAUCAAUAUGCCACAAUACGACUUAGCCCUCGCUCACCUGAUGGAUAAUGGUAACAAUUACGUAGCUGUAGCCUUCGCAAUGCAGUUGGUGCAACUGUAUCUAGUUGACGAUAGGAACAACAUUUUCGUGAACGAAUCUGAUUUAUACCACACGACCGAGACUUUGGUCCGCAUCAUGGCGCAUCCGCAACAACCGCCACCAGAGGGUCUGGCGACAUUGAUCGAGACGUUGAGAAUAAAUCAGGAUCCUAGCGCUUACCUUGGAGAGAGAAUGCCCCUUGGACCCACAGCGCAUAUACAUUCCGGCAUCUUACAAGUCCGGAGCCGAGAAUAUGAUGACCCGCCCGGCCUUCAGGAGAAGACUGAUAAUGUGCUUCGGGAAUGGCGCGCCAUGCUUCUCAGUCCAUUGACUGAUGUUGAAUUUAGCCAAAACUUUAACAUUUAUGUUCAUCGAAUGAAUAUGAACGGAAUACUGAAAUCUGAUGAUAUGAUAACUAGAUUCUUCCGUAUUGCUACUCAGAUGUGCAUCGAGAAUGUGUACCAACAGCUGAACGAGGAAAGAGCCAAUCCACCACCGGUCCCAACCAAACGGGAGAAAUACUACGUAAUGUGCGAUUCUUUCAUUAAACUCGUCACUUUACUUAUAAAGAACACCGCUGACGCUGGAAAUCCAACACCUAAACUCAAUCUUUUGAACAAGAUCUUGGGGAUAAUAGCUGGGUGCCUGCUUCAAGACCACGAAGAUCAUGGGAAUAACUUCCAGCAGCUGCCGUACCAUCGCCUGCUGCUUAUUCUCUUCCUCGAUAUGAACAUGGCUGAACCUGUCUUAGAAUCUAUGAACUAUCAAGUUCUGACUGCGUUCUGCCAUACGCUGCGCAUCAUCCGUCCUAGCGUGGCCCCUGGCUUUUGCUAUGCCUGGCUGGAACUGCUCUCACACCGCGCAUUCAUAAACCGAGUGCUCGCUGUCACUCCUCAGCAGAAGUUAUACCAUUGUUUCAUUCAGGGCUGGGGAAUGUAUUCAACGCUGCUCAUAGAUCUAUUCAAAUUCCUGGACCCAUUCUUAAGAAACACAGAACUAGCCGCCCCCGUCAUGGCGCUUUACAAGGGGACACUCAAAGUGCUCCUUGUAUUGCUUCAUGACUUCCCUGAAUUUCUUUGCGAUUAUCACUUCGGCUUCUGUGACGAAAUACCCCCCAACUGUAUACAAAUGCGGAACCUGAUCCUAUCUGCGUUCCCGCGGAAUAUGAGACUACCGGACCCAUUCACGCCCAACCUGAAAGUGGACCUGCUCACCGAAAUAGCGCUAUCGCCCCGAGCGGUCAUAAACUACGCAACGAUCAUCCCCAUAACACAAUUCAAGAAGGACCUAGACGCCUACCUCAAGGCCAGGACCCCCGUUACCUUCCUUUCUGAGCUAAGAAGCAACAUGCAGUUUCCGCAGGUGGAUAACGAACCCGGCCGCCGCUAUAACACGCAGCUGAUGAACGCUGUUGUCCUGUACGUUGGAGCUCAGGCGAUCGCCUUCAUCAGAUCCAAGGGGCAAACGCCAAACAUGACGACCAUCGCCCACUCAGCUCAUAUGGAUAUAUUCCAGAACUUCACAGUCGACUUUGAUUACGAGGGACGGUAUCUGUUCUUCAACGCAAUUGCUAAUCAGUUGCGCUAUCCGAACAGUCAUACGCACUACUUCAGUUGCUGCCUAUUAUAUCUGUUUGCGGAGGCAAACUCGGAAGCUAUACAAGAACAGAUCACUAGGAUGCUACUCGAGAGGCUGAUUGUGAACAGACCUCAUCCAUGGGGCCUCCUGAUUACGUUCAUCGAACUCAUCAAGAAUCCAGUAUACAAGUUCUGGUCACAUGAGUUUGUUCAUUGCGCGCCUGAAAUCGAAAAGCUUGCCAAGCGCCGCAAUGCCACCAGUGAGCACCAGCCAGCCCUCCACCUCGUCCGCUCUGCCCAAGCAGUGGAACCAACUGUUCAAGAAGUAAAUUCUUUUAACUUUAAUGUUGGUGAGGGUCAGCAGACUACGGUUAACUCGCAAUGCAAGUGAAUGUGAAGUGAUGUGAUAAUGUGUUUGUUUGUGAUGAUGUGAAUUGAUCAAUUAUUUAAUAUACCAAUAUAACUAUGAACAUUAAAAUUGUAAUCAGUACGAGCACGGACAAGUCUAAAUGUAAGUAAAUAUUAAUGUCAUUUUGGGGUCUUAAGACUGUUGUAAUUCGAGAUUCAGUAUUAAUAUACUUGAACUAAAAUGUGAACUUAUGUAAAAAAAUAAUUGAUAAGAUUAUAGAGUGUUCCAUGGACCCAAUACCUUUAUGAAAUGUCUCUCUG